GAAUGUUUCCUUCUAGAACUCCCAGAACCUGCAGAACCUUUUGUCGGACGCAGCGAAACUUACUGGUUCUGGAUUAAAGACUCGGUCUGGAUCUGGUUCUUGGAGCUGGACGUUUUGCAGACCGGAUGUGGAUCGAAGAGGAGGACAGGACUGACGCGGACCAGCAAAGAUGAAAGACCGUCGUCGUCGCGGGCGUCAGUGAUGGCGGCGGGAGAUGACGAUCUGACCCGAGCUGACGAUGGUCGUCAUGGCGUCACUGGAUGCUAACACGGCGGUUGAAACGCUCCUGGCUGGCAUCCAUUUGGAGAGGUACCUAGACUCCUUCAGGAGAGCUGGUCUCCUAUUGGCUGAAGACCUCACUUACUUGGAUCAUGACGCCUUGGUCAGCCUGGGAAUAACGGCCACCGGACAUCGGAAGAGAAUCCUGCGGCUGGUGUCGUACAUUCAGAGGAGGGAAGUUCAAGUGACCAAUCAGAGAAACGCUGCUGAUCUCCGGUGGGGGAGCUGUCAGUCUGUGAUGGAACUGCCAUCCUCACACGGUGGUCACGCUCCACCCUUGCCGCUGUCGAGUCCCAGCAGCUUGGAGACGUUGAGGAACAGUUCGGCUCCGGACCUCUCCGCCAUGCUGACGAGCUCAGAGGCUGUCAGGACUGCAGUGAAGCCGGUCCCCAAACCCAGAACUGUUUUUAACCGCCGCCGCACCGCGCCAAUCCAUUUCUGUCCAGUACCAGACCCAGCCUCGCCCCCACAAAGGAGACUUUCCCAGGAGUCCAUCUGUUUUUCUGUCUUUGAGGGCUUGAGCUCUGUGGACCCAGCUGCUUACAGGCGGCGGGACGAUGCGGGGCAGAUUCGCAGGUUGCCUUUUUCAGAGGUGGGCGGGUCAUUGCCUCCCGUUCCCCCGAGGAUGAAGCGUGGGGUCCUGCCCACCACGUGCCAGUCGUCCCCGUCAACCUCUUCGUCUCCCUCACCUGUCCGACCUGCUUCUUUGCCACCCUUAUCUCCUAGCCGUCCUGACAGCGGCAAGAUGUCGGGAUCAUCCGGAUCGCCCUUUGGUGGGAUGGAGAUGGUAUCCAAUGAGAUCUACUGGGGCACUUUGCCUUUGUCUGCUGCCCCUGGUAGUGGAAGAGGUUAUUGUAGUAAGCCAUUAGCUCCUCCCACUCCGCCAAGGCCAACACCUGAGAGGACCCUUGAGAGGAACAGUUCUGCUGGCAGUGGCGGCAACUCAAGCAACAACUCGUCGGGAUCCGUCAGAGAAGACCCCGACGUCAUCAGUCCGUACUGUGAAACCGUCUUCCAAAGAGGAGUCAGUCCGCUCACCAGCGAGAGAGAAGCAGGAAGGGACGAGGAAACGAGGAGAGGGGAGGGAGUGCACGCUGAGGAUCAAGGGUAUCUCAAGGUGUCUUUGCCUGAAGCGUUUCACUGUCAGGGUUACAGCACUGUCGGUGAAGCUCCGCCUCCUCUGACCAGCCUCGCACUGGACACUGAUGAGGACUUGACCAUCUCUCCUUACGCCAGCUACACCUCCCUUGCCGAGAGAGCCACGCCCAUCAUCAGUGGCUGGCUGGACAAGCUAUCUCCGCAGGGGGGUCAAAGGUCAUCACAGUGGCUUCUACUACGUCUCCUCCUUUCUGCUUCUCCGUGCAUCUCCUCCCUCAUGAGGAGCUGUCUCAUCUCCUUCCUCUUGUCCUCAUCCUCCUCUUCCUGCCCUUUGACUGGGAAUUAUGUUUUCCAGAAGCGUUAUGUGAAGUUUGACGGCAAAAAUCUGAUGUACUUUGGGAACGAGAAGGACAUGUACCCUAAAGGAGUCAUCCCAUUGGCUGCUAUCCAGAUGGCCCGCCCCUCCAAAGACAACAAAUUUGAAAUAGUGACGAGUCAGCGUAUCUUUGUUUUUAAGGCAGAUAAUGAAGUGCUCAGGCGGCGUUGGGUGUCGACGCUGCAGGAUCAUGUCAGAGACCAGCUGGUAUUGGGGGGGCGCUGGUUCGGUCCAGGAUCUCACUGUCAGAAACAUGGCUUGCUGGAGUUGAAAGGAACCAAGUCAAAAGUUUACGUCGCCAUCAACACGGAGCAGAUUUGGCUCCACAAGAGCGAACAGUGUUUUCGUAACGGAAUCGGCAUUACUGUGAUCGAGGCUCGUGGUGCCACGAUCCGAGACGGGAAACACAAGAGUUUCGACCUCAUCACGCCUUACAGAACCUUCAGCUUCACUGCCGACUCGGACCGGGAGAAGCGGGACUGGAUGGAGGCGCUGCAGGAUGCCAUCACCGAGACACUGUCGGACUACGAGGUGGCCGAGAAGAUCUGGUCCAACCGUUCCAACCGGAUGUGUGCUGACUGCAGGGCUAUCAACCCGGACUGGGCCUCCAUCAACUUGUGCGUGGUCAUCUGCAAGAACUGUGCCGGUCAGCACAGAGGUCUGGGAACAAUGGUUUCCAAAGUUCAGAGUCUGAAACUGGACACCAGCGUGUGGAGCAAUGAGAUCGUGCAGCUCUUCAUCAUGCUGGGUAACGACCACGCUAACGAGUUCUGGGCGGCCCACUUGCCCCAGUCUGACGAGCUGGACUGCGACGCGUCCCCGAGUCAGAGGCGAGAGUUCAUUGGUCACAAGUACCGAGACGGUUGGUACCGACUGGCCCAUCCAGCUUUUAGCAGCCAGGAACAGCUGCUCAAGGUCUUAUGUUCAGCUGUCUCUGAACAUACGCUCCUCAAAACGGUCACUCACAUCUUCACUGAGGCAAGAGCUAGUCACCUGUCAGGCACCACCCACGGUCACCAGACAAGCAGAGACCUGCUAGUGAACUGCACCGCCCCGGAUCCUGGCGUCUACGAUGAGAUCAUGAAGACGGUUGUUUACUCGGGCUUCCUCUUCAGAUCCAAUUGCGUCAGCAGGGGGACCCUGUCCCGCCGAUCUCGAGAAGACUUCCAGAAGUUCUGGUGUUCGGUGGAUCAGUCGCUACUCUUCUACCAGUCAGACAGAUCAACGGAACCGUGCAUGGAGAUCGUCCUCAAGGACGUGGUAUGUUUGGGAGUCACCCGACCAGACUCGGCCAACAACAACAACGGCUUUGUGGACAGGUUCCGUUACACCUUUGAGCUGUAUUUGACAUCGGACAAACUCUAUCAGUUUGGUGUGGAGACGGCCGAGGUCCUGCACGCCUGGACCAGUGCCAUCGGGAAGGCCGCCACGCCGCUCAGCUGUCACUGUCUGCUGACUCGGGAGUUUGAGCGCAUCGGGCGACUGCGGUACCGAGCCAUGUUGGACCCUCAGCAGUGGAAGGAGGCGUACUUUGUCCUGCAGAAGUCCAACCUUUUCAUCUGUCCCCAAAACGACGGCGCUGCUGAAGACAUCAUCAACCUGAAGCGCCUGCAGGAGCUGAGCGUCGCUUCGGAAAGCCAGAACCAUGAGAAGAAAGACAUCCUAGUGUUGGUUGAGAAAGGAAGGACGUUCCACCUGCAAGGAGUUGGCCGCAUGGACUUCACCCUGUGGCACUCGGACGUCGAGCGGGCCGCCGGCGGUAAGGGCAACUCACUGCGCGAGCAGCAGCUGAGCAGGAACGACAUCCCGAUCAUCGUGGACAGCUGCAUUGCCUUCAUCACGCAGUACGGGCUGGGUCACGAGGGGAUCUAUCGCAAGAAUGGAGCCAAGUCCAGAAUCAAACUGCUCAUGGAGGAGUUUCGGAAAGAUGCCCGGAACGUCAAACUGCGCAUCGGGGACCACUUCAUCGAGGACGUGACGGAUGUCCUGAAGCGGUUCUUCAGGGAGAUCGACGACCCCGUCUUCAUGGUCGACCUCCACCCGCUGUGGCAGGAAGCUGCCAAAAUCCCUUCCAAAGGCGCACGAUUGGACCGCUACAAGGAGAUCAUUCGAACUCUUCCACGAGUCAACAGGAUGACUCUGGCUGCACUUGUGAGUCACCUUUACAGGGUCCAGAAAUGUGCCGACCUGAACCAGAUGUGCACCAAGAACCUGUCCCUGCUCUUCGCUCCCAGCCUCUUCCAAACUGACGGGAAAGGGGAACACGAAGUGAAGAUUGUGGAGGAUUUGAUUGACAACUACUUACAUGUCUUUGAUAUCGACGAAGAACACCAGACUCAGAUCGAGCUGGAGAUCAGCCUCAUCACCUCAUGGAAGGACACUCAGUUGUCUCAGGCAGGGGACCUGAUCAUUGAAGUCUACCUGGAGAUGAAGACGCCUGACAGCUGCAUCACCCUCAAAGUGUCCCCCACCAUGUGUGCGGAGGAGCUGACCAACCAGGUGCUCUACAUGAGGAACGUUCCAGCUGGAGACAAAGACGUGUGGAUGACCUUUGAGGUCAUAGAAGAUGGCCAGCUGGAGCGCCCGUUGCAUCCCAAAGAGAAAGUUCUGGAGCAGGCGCUGCAGUGGUGCAAGAUGGCCGACCCAAGCUCCGCCUUCCUGAUGGUGAAGAGGGUCCCUAAAGGCGACGGCAUCAACAUCCUCACCUCCUACAAGAGUGACCUGAUGAAGGUGGGUGUGCUCAAGUGUCGCGAGGAGCCUCCCAAGCUCCUGCAGGGCAACAAGUUCCAGGAGAGAAGCUUUCAGAUUAAGAAGAACAAACUUCUGCUGCUCAAAGACAAGAAGAGCUUCAAAGCAGAGAAGGAAUGGCCUCUCAAGUCCAUGAAGGUCUACAUGGGCAUCCGCAGGAAGCUCAAAGCUCCUACAAGGUGGGGUUUUACGGUGAUGUCACACAAACAUCAACUGUUCCUGUGCUGCAUGAGUGAGGCUGACUUGUGGGAUUGGAUCAGCAGCUUCCUCAAAGCUCAGAAUGACGACCCCGGGCCGCCUGUCCUCAGGCGUCACUCGUCUUCUGACAUCGCCAAGCAGAAGUUCGGCACCAUGCCUCUGAUUCCGAUCCGAGGAGAUGAGAGCAACAACAGCAUGCUGACGGCCAAUCAGACCCUGAGGAAGCUUCACGACCGCAGGACCCUCUCAAUGUUUUUUCCCAUGAAAGUGCAGCAAGACUCUGUGGAGGAGCGUUCUGAGUCUCCGGAGCCGCUCUACGAGGAGGUGGGCGACUUCGGCCUUCAGGUGCUCAAAUCCCUUGAGACCAGCUUCCUGACCAGUGGCGCGGCCAAGACGCAGGAGGUCCGGGAGCUGCCCAAGCUCAGACCCGAUCCCGCCUGUGACUCCCUGAGGGACGCCCUGGAGGCGUCGCAGCCGAACGCCGUCAUAGGCCAUGAAGACGCGGGCUGCAGGAGGUCUCUGCAGCCGUCGCAGGAGCUUCUCCUGCAGGAGCUCUCCACCGCUUUUGGCAAGAAGACUGAUGAAGACGACGAGGAGGAAGAGGAGGGGCUGAGAGUCGUUUGAUUGAUAUUACUUUUAGGCUCCCUCUGGUGGCUGCAGUAGGUGACGUCGUCAUCAUCAUCAUCAUCAACAUCAUCACCAUCAUCUUGGCUCACUUGCUUGAAGUUUUAAGAAUAUAAAUUUCAGUCACCUGCAUGUAAUGACUGAAGGCUGCCUGCGGGUGGCAGGGCAGCACUUCCUGUCCCUGUGAAACCCUUCAUCUGGACUUCAUUCGGACUCAUGUGAAAUAAAGGUUUGUUGAGGUGCUUGAAUGUACGCUGAUUGCACACAAUGGUUGUCGUGGUAACAGUCUCAAACGUUUCGCACGCCCACACACUAAGUUUAAAACGUCAAAAAUAUCAACAUUAGCGUAUUUUCUCCUGAAAAGACUUGGAGCUCGGCAGGCUGCAAUGCUCACAGUGAGCAGCAGGGGGCAGCAGGACAACGCAAAUAUGAAGCGACUUGUCCACCAGGUCCCAGUCUAGGUGGUCCUAGUCCAUCCCAGGUUGGAGACAAUUUAGCAGGUGUGACUGACACGUGCGAGUCGUCUUCUUUGAGUUCUUCCUGCACAUGGUCCUCUAACUGGAACACUUAAAUGUGCGUGUGUGUUGUCAUCGUGUGACCUUUACGUCCAACCCGGAACUAAACCACCAUUCUUCCCCCCCUCCCCACCCCCAACAGCUCAGAAAGGAAACUGAUACGCCAAAGUCUGUCGCUAAGUGACAAAAUGCCCUCAGGUAACACACACACACACACACUGACAGCAAUCUAUCUAUUAUCUCUUUCUCUAUAUAGGUAUAUACCUUUAUAAGUAUUUGAU